AUGUCCCCUGACCGCCACAUCACACCCAUCUACGAGGACAGGACCUUCCAGGGGCCCCUGUACCGUAGCCCCAACCACCACGACCCAGUGGACCUCAACAACUCCUCGCAGAGCGCCAUCUACAGGAGUCCAUCAGGUAGGACACUACACUACUAUACAGUACACCACGUGUCAAACUCAUUCCAUGGAGGGCCGAGUGUCUGCACAUUUUUGUUCCUCCCUUGUACUUGAUUGAUGAAUUAAGCUCACUGAUUAGUAAGGAACUCCCCUCACCUGGUUGUCUAGGUCUUCAUUGAAAGGAAAAAACAAAAACCAGCAGAAACUAGGCCCUCCAUGGAAUGAGUUUGACAGCCCUACUGUACACCAUUGGUUUUCAAACCUCUCCUUGGGGACUCCCAGACGUUUCACAAUUUAGUUGUAGCUCUGAACUAGCUCACCUGAUUCACCUAUUCAAGGGCUUAAUGAUUAGUUGACAAGUUGAAUCAGGUAUGCUAGUUGUGGAAUAGUUAAUUUAAAAUACAUGGAACGGCUUGUGGGCCCAAGGAGAGGUUUGGAAAACACUGCUCUACACUUCAUUUUAGGCUUGCAAAAUUUUGGUAAUUUUCUGAAAAUUCCCAGGUUUUCCACAUUCUGGUUGGAGGAUUUCCUGCUUAUUCCUUCCUUACUUCUUCCAACUAGGAAUUUGGGGAAAGUUACCGGAAUUCUGCAACCCUAACUUAAUCUCAAUGUGUAAUGAUGAGAACACUAAUGCAAGCAGGAUGGAACCAUGGCAUUAAUAAGCAGAUUUGACCAGCAGCGUUAGUGAGAAACAGAUGUUGAAGAGCGAGAGAGCAGUCGUCUUCAUUUAAAAUGACCCCGUCAUAGUUUAUACAUAGCUGUUACAUGGCUACUCCUCCUGCCUUUCCCACUCUAGCACAGGUUCUCUCGCUCCCGCUCUCUCUCUCGCUCCCGCUCUCUCUCUCGCUCUGUCUCUCGCUCUGUCCCUCUCUCUCGCUCUGUCUCUCGCUCUCUCGCUCUCUUGCUCUUUCUCUCGCUCUUUCUCUUGCUCUCUCGCUCUGUCUCUCGCUCUCUCGCUCUAUCUCUCGCUCUUUCUCUUGCUCUCUCGCUCUGUCUCUCGCUCUCUCGCUCUGUCUCUCUCCCCUACCCCCUCCCUCCCUCUCUUUCUCUCUCUUACAUGAUCUAUCCUGGGAACACUUUGUCCAAGCCAGACAGCCAUCCAGCCCAGCCAGACUGCCUGCCAGCCCAGCCAGACUGCCUGCCAGCCUGCCUAUCUUGCACUCCUUUCCUCCCUCCUCCAUCAGAGAUGGGGCUGAGACAGGAGAGAAGAGGAGAGGAAGGAGACAGGCAUGGGCUGAUACGCCAGCCACAAAGGAGUCAAUUACCUGUGUGUCACACUCAUAAUGAGAAGAGGGAUGAGGGGCCAGGGAACAGUCAGCGUCCCAAAUGGCACCUUAUUCCCUAUUAAGUGCGCUACUUUUGAUUGACCGGGGCCCAAAAGUAGGGCAUGCUAUUGCUGGUCAAAAGUAGUGUACUUUAUAGGUACUAGGGUUCUAUUUGGGAGGUAGCCACGGCCAGCUGUGUUUGGAUGUUAGAAUUCUCUCCUCAUCGCCCCUCCAUCGUCCUCCAGCAUGCAGCCAUUUAGCAUCCUCUAUACAGCAGAUCUGAGAUCCUCCCGGACUGAUAAGUUCAGUAAUAAAUGGUAUUGAUGCUCAGAAGAAGACUCCUCUCAGAUAACGAUAAGCAACCAUAAUGUGCUCGCGGCCUGGCUAUAUUGAGAGGAAUGCAAAAAAGGUAGUUUGGAGUCCUUACCAAAAAAUCAUUAGAAAUAAAUAUCCAAUUUGAUCCCCAAGCACUCUUUGUUAUGGUGUGAAAUUAAAUAUUAAUGGCCUUUUUCCCUGGCUCUCUUUCCAUAAAUUCUUUAUCUACAGUAUUUCUGGUGGCGUGUAUUUCUUUUUGUGAGGACAAAGGUUUUUAUGCUAAAUGGAAAUAUCGAUCCCUGUUGCAAAAAAGAAAGUCGCAGAACUCGGGUACGGCAUUUCAAAGAUGGAUUUUUUUUUUUCUUAAUGUAAAAGGAUUUUAGUAGACUAGCAUUUUAGUAUCGAGUCGUUCAUGAUAUCACAGAACUGGCCUAUGAACUGCCAAAUAGAGAGGGGUAUUGAUGUGGGCUUUUAUAUUUUUGGAGGGCAGCUUCAAGUUGACGUCUUGUUUCUUGUGUGUGUGUUCGGUGUGUGCACCGUGUGCAGGCCCAGUCCCUGCAGGAUGUUAGGAUAGAGAUCUGACCGGAGGGAAGGAGAGCAACAGUCACGCAGUCACAUGGUCUCUGCUCUGUGUGCUCUGAGCAGGAAGGCAGGCAGGGACAGGCUGUGUGAGUGUGUAGGGCAUAUUGUCCUAGAAACUAGGUCACAAUAUCACAACGUAAGGAGGAGAGAGGGGCAGAAAAAUAGACAUGGUUUAAGGACGAUGACACAGUUAAAAUUCUGGCAGACUAAAUGUUUACCCUGGCCUGGAGGGAAGGAUGUCCUGUUGGUGUGUUAGCUUAGUGCUGGUGCUGUUUCACCUAAAGAGGGAGGACUGUGUGUCUAUUCCUGUGUCGGACACAGCCAGGGCUCACUGGCCUCAGACCACACUGAAGCAUACAGGAGAAGAGGAGAGAGGGAGGAGAAGAAGAGUGUUGCUGGAUCACCUAUUACAAGGCAGACUGUAGCCCUGUGAAAAAACCUGCAGGAUCUGGCUUGCUUAAUCCUACCUCGUUAAUUAAAGAAACAACAACAACAAAACAAUCCCUUUGAAGGAGGAGACUUCUCUAGUGUGGAAUCAUGGGAGCGCCAUUUUACCCUCUUCAUUAAGUGGAUCCAGAUUGGAAGAAUUGGUGUGUGAGUCAAAAAGCCUUGUGUUUUCAGCUCCAGUCAACACGUCUCUGGGUGUGUCCCAAAUGGCACCCUAUUCCUUAUAGAGUGCACUACUAGGUGAAAAGGUCUAGGUGAAAAGGUUUGAACCACACUGCUAAUCUUCACUAGCCCAGGGAGUUCUAGUUGAGUCCAGGUCUGGUAGCUGGCGUAUAUUUCUCUUGUUCAAAUCAAUCUGAAUUGUUUUUCUUUGUGCUUUCAGGCAUGGGGACCCUCCAGAGGACCUCCAGCCAGCGUAGUGCCAUGACGUACCAAAGAAGCAACUACGCUCUGAACACGGCGGCCACGUACGCAGAGCCCUACCGCUUGGCCCAGUACCGGCCUUCCGAGGGCAACUACGUCCGGCAGCCGGUCGUCAUGGCUGACGGGGCCACCCGCUCGCCCUCCAUAGACAGCAUCCAGAAGGACCCGAGGUAAAGCACUAGGCUCUAGCCACUAGGCUGCAUCACUGGGUCGUUUUCAUUAGUUCACACCUUAGCAAAACUUUACAACGUAAAACGAAAACAACCGUUUCUUAUUGGACAAAUUCAGACAGAUCCCUCCCUGUUUCAAACUGGUUGCUUUCGUUUGGUUAUGACUGAUUCAUCCCUACCUUAUCAUCCAGUGGGUCUAACAGUGGGUCUAACAGUGCUUACGGGGCUACUACUGUAUAUACUGCUGGGUCAACACUAGUGUUACUAUUCACACAUAAAUCCCCCUGGGCAGCCAUCCAGAGCCUUAGCCAUUAAGAUACAGAUGUAGGAUGUUAAUUUGAGCUAGUUUGCUACAGCAGGAAAAUAAUCCUGCAGCAACAGGAAAUGUGAAUUAUUAUGUGGAUUAUAAUUAAUGGACAUUUUGUGUAGGAGGUGAUACAUUUUUUGUUUCGGUAAAACAAGUCACAUUUUUAAGUGGAAAUUACAAACUUUAGAAGCCUUUUUAAACCUUGAACACACUACAAGUUUGCAUUUCCUGCACAAUUCCCAGCAACAAGAGUGAUCAAAUUAAGAUCCUACAUCUGUACAUGGCUACACAGACCACUCUACAAUGGAUCCCCAGAUUUCAGUGAACUGCUGUGUCUGCUCUUGCUACAGAGACAUGUGUACUAUGUAAGCACGGCCGGGUUUUUGGACACGGAGCGCUAAACCCCUGACCUUGCACAUUAGGAGUGCUGUUCACACCCCUGAGUCCUGCUCUAGCUGAGAGCAGUGAGAGGGUGACAGCGGACCUCCUUCCCUGCCUGCGCUACACAGCAGACCAUGCUCAGACCCAGGGUGCCUCCAAAAUGCCCCACUCUUCCCUAUAUAGUGGCUAUGGGUCCUGGUCAAAGUAGUGCACUAUAAAGGGAAUAGGGUGCCAUAUGGGUCACAUCCAGAGGCAGGCCUAAAAGCACCUGUACUUAGAAAAACAUGUUGCAUCAACUGGGUUCCUACUCCCAACCAGAUUAAAUUUAGCAGUGGUGUUGGUAACGGCUGUUUGUGUCCCCCCGGGGUAAAUUAGAUGAACAUUGUAUUUUGAUUUGAUUGGACUGGCGUCUUGCUUCAUGUAACACAUGCUGAGGCAAGGGCAGGAGUAUUACAGCCGACACAUCAAUACAGCCAAUUCUGUCACAAUGUGGACGUGCAUCUCAUGUUGCUACUUUCUCAUUUCAACUUAUUUUGUUUACUCUGCUAGUCAGAAGACUUUUGGCAGUCAAAGAUAAAUACAAGUUCUGAAAUAGACGCAGACUUGGUAAUAUCUACGCAUUUCUCUUGUCAUAAGGGUUGUGAAUUCUAGUAGAAAAGUUAAAUUCUAGUAGACUUCAUUUAGACUGAUUAAAUUAAGCUUUAUGAAUCAGGAGAAGCUCAUAGCAGUGACUCUCCAAAAGCCAAGACAUACCUUCUAGUCUUACAAAUGAAACUGAAGUGAAAUAUCAUCCUUUUAUAUUGGGAGAAAAGCAAUAAUCCUGGAGUGUUAUAGAUGCCGAUGUCAAUGUAAUUUCCUGGGCUUUAAACUUAUUGCGGUGUGCCCCAGCCCUGUGGAUAGGGGUGGAUAGUUGUUGUGUGCUGACGUCAUACUGAUUUGUGUCUGUUCCUGGGUGUAUGUCUGAUAUCUCUCUGUGUCUGUGUUCCAGGGAGUUUGCCUGGCGUGACCCUGAGCUGCCUGAGGUCAUUAAUAUGCUGCAGCACCAGUUCCCCUCGGUGCAGGCCAACGCCGCCGCAUACCUGCAGCACCUGUGCUUCGGAGAUAAUACAGUCAAGGCUGAGGUACGUAUGCAUCGCUCCCCUGCACCCCUGCACCCCAGAUCCUUCAUCAGUCCCCAGCAUGCAACUCACUGAAGUGCCCCCCAUCGGGGGGGGGGGGGGGGUGAAUAGGGUUGUGGCAGUCAUGGCAUUUUGUCAGUCUCAUGGUAAAUGACCCGUAAUUAACAUAAAUAUGUUUAGCAUCUCCUGGCUUCCACGCUUAGCCUACAAGCCACUGAUGCAGACCUUUGGAAAAUCUGCAUUUUAAAAAGUCUAAUGAAUCCAUAUAAUAUAGCCUACACCAUCACAAUAAAUCCAUUAUUUCUUUUAGACCGGUCUAAAGAAACAUGAUGUGAAGAAAAUGUAGUCUAUUUCAGAAGAACUGAAUAGCAUACACUGAGUUGUCCUUAUGUUAGGCCCUGAUCUGGCUAUGCCAUAGGGCUGUGGGCUACACUAGUUCAUUUAGCAGACAAGAUUUUCUUAGAAUUCCUUGGCAUUAUUUUAUAUUCUUUUAUAGCAUGAAGAAUAUAGCGGCUAUUCUGUGUUGAGCGGUUAACAAAGAAACAGGUCCUCCUAUAUGCUUAUUUAUUCAACUUUAGUUGUGAUACAAACGUUGGGCUUUGAUUUUUUUAUACAUUCUAAGGCUGCAUGAUGCGAAGUCGCAUGAAAGGCAUGAGCUCUGCUUUUGUUUCUUGUGCAGGCUGCACACGCUUCAUCAGUCUCUCAUUCAUAAUUAGACAAGCACUUGAUAAUAUUCUCACCAGGCAUCGAAUUUCCCGGCGGCAUCCCCCUUGUUUGGACGUAAUGCCCCCUAAAAAAUUCCAUGCCUUGCGACCAAAGUGGCCGUUGUGUCCUUGGGAAUAUAAUAAUUAUAAUUCCCUUCUCCCGGCUGCCAAUCGCUGUGCUCCAAAGUACCUCUCACUCACAUGGCUCUUUCAGAUAUCUCAAUUCUUAUUAGCCAAUGCCCCUCACAGGCAUCUUAGCUCCGAAGUAGGCUACAAGUGAAGACCGACACAUCGGGGAGACAACUGCGCGCAUCCUUAUCAAAUUCCGAGGCGCAUAUUGAAGAUGUUAGAAGAACCGUCCACAUGUACUUUUCGUCAGCCAACAAGAUGAGUAGGCCUAACGAACAGCAAAAGCACUAGACUAUGUCAAUUUCCUAUCCCCCAUAGUACAAAUGUUAACCUAUUCUAUUGGUCCACUUGUCCUUCUGUGCGAUAAAUAAAUAUUCCAAACAUACUCUGGGACAGUUGUGGGAUGCGUUAGAUCCCAAGUUAAUACAACCACUCGCAUCAAAAAACCUUUUAAAAGCAAUGAGGCUGAUGCAACAGAUCAGAACAUUUACUGUAGCUUUACAUUUCUUCACAUUAUAAGCUCAGCAAUGCGCACACAGCAGUAGGCUAUACGUGCGAAUGUUCCAAAAUGCAAUCAAUUAGCGGGAAAAUACUGUUCUCAAAAGUGACCGCAAAUGUUAUUUAUGCAUGUAAAGAUUUAUGAUAAAGGUGCAUUUUUAUGGUGAAAAUUAUCUUCCCCAAAAUUGAAACUCACGCGCCGCCUAAUAUGCCAGGAUUAAUGUGCUUACUUUUAAGAAGUUAUUUGGCCACUUUAGUUGUGACACAAACCUUAUCAAAACAUAUAGUCCUAUGGGCUACAUGAGGUGUGUGACAAUGAUUUGAAAAAGUUGCAAAAAAAAGGAAUGUGCUGUUUCUUGCCUUACUGCGCAUGCUGGGCAUCAUUCACAAGUUAUAAUAUUGUCACCCAUCAGACUAUUCUUAAUUUAAUCUUGUUUUUACAAAUACUAAAUAAUAUACUGUAUGUGUGAAAUGAGUUUAGAUUUAGAAUAGACCAUUAUCCUGCACCUGUCUCAGAACAGGGGCAGGGAAAAAAAUACAUGUCAGGCCUCCGUGUUCGAUCCCAAGCUGUGUCACAACCGGCCGUGACCGGGAGUCCCAUAGGGCGGUGCACAAUUGGCCCAGCGUCGUCCGGGUUAUGGGAGGCUUUGGCUCAUUGCACUCUAGCGACUCCUUGUGUCGGGCCGGGCGCUUGCAGGCUGACUUCGGUCAUCAGUUGGGCGGUGUUUCCUCAGACACAUUGGUGCAGCUGACUUCCGGGUUAAGCGGGCGGGUGUUAAGAAGCGCGGUUUGGCAGGUCAUGUUUCCCGAGCCCGUUGGGGAGUUGCAGCGAUGAGACAAGAUCGUAAUUGGAUUGCAGUUGGAUAUCACGAAAUUGGGGAGAAAAAGGGGGUAAAAUACACACACAAAACAUACCCACAAAAAAUACAUGUAAUCUAUGCACUUAAAUAGCAAAUGGAGGACGCUUUUCUCAUGGUUUAUUUUCAUGCCAGCAGCAUAGGCUAUACUCCUGUUGUAAAGCGAAGCAAUGUGCUUAAUAUUAGGAAAGUUAAGAAAUAAAUACAGUGCAUUCGGAAAGGAUUCAGACCCCUUCCCUUUUUCCCCAUUUUGUUACGUUACAUCCUUAUUCUAAAAUGGAUAAAAUAAUUUUUUCCCCUCCUCAAUCUACACACAAUACCCCAUAAUGACAAAGCGACAACAGGUUUUUAGAAAUGUUUGCACAUUUAUAAAAAAUAAAGGGCUAACGUCCUCCUUUCUCAUCUCCUUCUCAUAACGCAUUGGAGGAGAAGAUCACAUGGGAGGAACCUCAGAUAUUCUCCUACAAUGCGUUUUGAGAAGGAGGCAACGAGAGAGGACAUGAGGAAUCAAGGAAAUGCAAUUGAGAUUCACCCAGGCUGUGAGGACUGUGCUGCUGCAGAGGCCUGGCUGGGCCUCUGGCUGGGCUGGGGUGGGUUGGGCUGGCCACUCCAAUCCACUCCAGCUCCCUCUGGAAUUUCACAGCUCCACAGGGUGCUGUUACUGCCGCUGGAGUCGUCGGCUGGAAAAGCUGAUCUCUUAAGAUCAGAAGGGCUGUGACGGUCAUGGAAUUUUGGAUGACGGUUAUUAUACAGCCAAAUGACCACGGUCAACAUUAUAAUCGUUUUUUUUUUUUUUAAGACUCAUUUUCUCCUCUUCUCUGCUCCUGACUGCAUGUGCUGCUGCUGCAGUUAGGGAGGUGUUGCCUCUUGAACACACUCAUACAUAUGAAGACACACAUUUCAAGCAUGUCAUUGUCAAGGAAAGAACAUUGAGUCUUUUCUAGGUUUUGAUGAGGGAACUGUCCGCUCUGUGCUUUUUAAAUUUUUUUACAUUUCUUGUUACUAUAUAUAUAUAUAUUUUUUUAAAAUCUAUUCAUACACUUGCAGACUCAGUGAGGGAUUUCAUAUGAUGGAACUGUCCUUGAAAGUGGCAUACAAAUGCAAUUAUUUGCUUCAACUCUUUACUUUACUUGAGUUUAGACCUUAUAUUCACCCUACACUGAGCAUACAAAGCAUUAAGAAAACCUGCUCUUUCCAUGACAUAGACUGACCAGGUGAAAGCUAUGAUCCCUUAUUGAUGUCACUUGUUAAAUCCACUUCAAUCAGUGUAGCUGAAGGGGAGGAGACCGGUUAAAGAAGGACUUUUAAGCCUUGAGACAAUUGAGACGUGGAUUGUGUGCCAUUCAGAGGGUGAAUGGGCAAGACAAAAAAAUGUAAGUGCCUUUGAACGGGGUAAGGUAGUAGGUGCCAGGUGCACCAGUUUGUGUCAAGAACUGCAACGUUGCUGGGUUUUUCACACUCAACAGUUUCCCAUGGGUAUCAAGAAUGGUCCACCACCUAAAGGACAUCCAGCCAACUUGACACAACUGUGGGAAACAUUGGCGUCAACAUGGGCCAGCAUCCCUGUGGAGUGCUUUCGACACCCUGUCCAUGCCCCAACAAAUUGAGGCUGUUCUGAGAACAAAAGGGGGUGCAACUCAAUAUUAGGAAGGUGUUCCUAAUGUUAGGGAUACUCAGUUUAUGCGAUCACUGAAGAUAUGCAUUACAUUUUCUAUAUGUCUUUCAUCUGGUUUAAAGAAAGCCAUUGGUAUAUAUUCUCAGCAUCCCUUACAUGAAUAAAUACAAAGCCUAGAUUUAUGUUGUCAGAGUCAUCAUGAAGGCCCUGGUCAUAACUAAUUGCUAUUAGACUACAAUGCAUUAGUCACUACACGUUCAUGUUUAAUCCAUUUUCAGUUCCUUAUAAGAUAUUUGUGAUAUUGAUCCUACAUUACUGUUGUCCUCACUAUUUUUCAUUCUGGUGGUAUUUUACUGUACAAACCAAUGAGUUAUGCUCAAGGCCUUCAUGAUGACUCUCCGUACCCUCUAGGUGUGCCGUCUAGGGGGCAUCAAACACCUGGUGGAUCUAUUAGACCACAAAACCCUGGAGGUCCAGAGGAAUGCGUGUGGAGCUCUGAGGAACCUGGUCUACGGGAAAGCUACGGACGACAACAAGGUCGCCGUGAGAAACGCAGGUGGCGUCCCUGCUCUGCUCAGACUGCUGAGGAAGACUGUAGACGCUGAAGUGAGAGAGCUGGUCACGGGUAAGAGAGACAGUGAGAGAGUGUGUGUAUGCGCUUGCAUCCGCGUGGUGAAUUCACUCAGAGUGUGUGUGCGUGCGUUGAUGAAUUCACUCUGCGCGUGUCUGCCUGCAUAUGUCUUGUGUUUUUUUCUGCUUUUCUGGGUAAGAAAGCAGCGUUUAUUUAAAAUGGCCUUUUUAACCUCGAAACUCCACGGACCGUGCCUUUCCACACCACAGCUCUGUGUGCUAUUUUCUCUCUCUCUCUCUCUCUCUCUCUCUCUCUCUCUCUCUGCCCUCUGGCGUAUUCACAAUGGUCACAUUUCCACAGUUCCACAUUAUUUCACUCAUCCAUUAUUCAGUGACGUUUGCCCAAAUCAGAUCCACUGGAGUUCCACUACAGGGUUUUUGUGGGACAGGAACAUUACUACACAACCUAAAGUAGAGCUGUUCAAUUAUUAACCUUCUCGCCUGCCUGCCUGCCAGUCCGCUUCUUCAGUAAUUUGGCAUUAGUCACUGGAUGUGUCCCAAAUGACACCCUAUUCCCUAUAUGGUGUACUACUUUUGACCAGGACCCAUGGGGAAUAGGGUGCCAUUUUGGAAGUACAUAAUGGGUAUUCUGGUCUGGUCCUGACCAGUUCUCCCCUAGUAUCUGUCAUUCAACUCAGGGGAUUGGAGUUCCUUGCUACCCUCCCCUGGUUCAUGUUUAGUAGACACAAAAUGAGAGAUAAUGUUUUGACGGUACUACCUGAACGAUCCAAUAAGAACACAAAUUUCCGUUCUCCGUUUAAAAAUGUAUUGUUUUUUUAUAUGCGUUCUGAACAUAACCCUUGGUGAGAGCAGAGAUUCCGUCGCUCCUAGUUGUGUAAACACAACAGUCCUUGACGUUUGAGCGAACACUCGUGUUUCCCAAUGCACACACAGUUUUCCCCGUGUGGCUUGAGCUCUGCAAACAGGGUAUAAAACCAAGUUGUGUAGGAUCAGGUAUUAAAGAAAUAUGCAGUGGUGUAAAGUACUUAAGUAAAAAUACUUUAAAGUACUACUAAAGUUGUUUUUGCGGUAUCUGUACUUUAUUAUGUAUAUUUUUGACUACUUUUACUUUACUACAUUCCUAAAGAAAAUAAUGUACUUUUUACCACAUACAUUUUCCCUGACACCCAAAAGUGCUUGUUACAUUUAGAAUGCUUAGCAGGACAGGAAAAUGGUCCAAUUCACGCACUUAUCAAGAGAACAUCCCUAGUCAUCCCUACUACCUCUGAUCUGGCAGAUUCACUAAACACAAAUCCUUUGUUUCUAAAUGUUGUCUUGAGUGUUGGAGUGUGCCACAGGCUAUCUAUGAAUUUAAAAACAAGAAAAUGGCGCUGUCUGGUUUGCUUAAUAUAAGGAAUUUUAAGUGAUUUAUACUUUUACUUUUGAAACUUAAGUAUAUUUUAGCAAUUUCAUUCCUUUUGAUGCUUAAGGAUAUUUAAAACCAAAUACUUUUAGACUUUUACUCAAGUAGUACUUUACUGGGUGACUUUUACUUUAGUCAUUUUCUAUUAAGGUAUCUUUACUUUUAUGUAAGGGUACUUUUUCCACCACUGGAAAUAAACAAGCCAAGAUGUUUGGCUCUCAGGUGGCUGAAUCAGCUGUUCUACUCUGACUAGCUCUGACUCUAGUUCAGGUUACAGUGUAAUGGUUCCACCAGGCUAUCAAUACACAGAGAGCACAAGCACAGUGCAGCAUCCAAUUACUCCUUUCUGUAGUAAAACAUUGCGGAAGUGAAGUGGAGAUAUGACUUGAGUCUCGUGUCCAUGAAGUUGGUGUUUGUUUGGUUUUUCUCCAAGCAUGGUGAACUCCAAAGAACGAGGAAGAGCCAGUUGUUCUUGGGGUCUCCUAAGCAUUGAUAACACAGAUAGAACAAUGAGCCAGAUGUUUCACCGAAUGUAUAAAUCUGAAGCAUCCGGUUGGCAUUCCCACUCACCACCAAAUAUGGAGUGGGAGAAGAUGGAGUGAGAUGGAUUUUGGCCGACAUUCUGCAAAUGUUUUCAUCGAUGAAACAUCUGAUCUCAAUACAGUUUUCGGUUCCCAAAACUAGAAUCUGUUACGAACAGAGUGGACUAAGUUUUUUGUCAACUUUACCCUAUGCCAAAGUUUCUAAAUAUUGCAUUGUUUAGAAGGAGUUCAAGGGCGAGUUGAGUUAUUGCACACGCCCACCACAGAGUAUGCGGUCCCUAACGGAAAUAUGUAAAUACAUGCUAGAACGCGCCAAUAGGAUCUCGCUAGCUCGUGCUUGGCUCUGCCCACCUCCUUGCUUGUUCUGCCCACUGAUUUAAUUUGCUCCCAUUGGAAAUGACAGGAUGUGGUCUAUCUUGGGUUAGUUAUACACAUCUUUACUGAUGUGGUGAAUUAAGGAACUAACGAAUCAGAACCACAUGCAGUCUAUAACAGAAUGGAGUAUGGGGGAUGGAACCACUGGCAUUUCAGUCACUUCUAGCCAGUCUAAUCCAUUGUCAUUCAAACGGGAGGCCAGUUCAAUGCAGAUGUGUGUCAUACAAAUCUUGGACCAAAUUGCUUUGACGUGUAGUGAGUACUUCUUACGACUGUGUGUAUUUAAAAAAAAAAAAACCCCAGCUAAUUGGCAGUUGGGGACCCAGAAUACUAUGCAAUUAAAGAAUGUCGGCGAUCACAGCGUCACCUCUGGAAAUCACAGCCAAUCAGAACAAUCUACGUGAGGAGCUUUCUGCCGCACUUCCUGCUGGCCAAAGCCAAUGGGCUAAUUGGAACUGACAAGACUUAGGAUGCGUCCCAAAUGGUUCCCUAUUUAGUGCACUAAUUUGGACCAGAGCCAUAUGGAUGCCAUUUGGGAUGCAUUUUCUCACCAACACCCCUCUGACAUAUUUCUACCCUUGAAAACCCUGAUGGCGGUGUAAUUGAACCUUGUUUUUUUAAGAGCCAUUUUUUAAGAGCACUCAGCGUGCCCACCUCUGAGCUUUACUGAUAGGAGAUGUUUGUUCCACUCCCCUGUAUGUCAGUGGUCCUUUAUUCCAGCGGGAUCAUCAGCCGUGCUCCAUAUGAGCCACUACGGUAGCAGGAGGAGCCCCCCUCUCUUCUCUUUUCUACCCAGGUCAGGGGGGUCAUUUUGUGGGGACAGCAAUCUAGCCCUGGUCCCUGAUUCCCAUAGCAGCUGUUGUGGUUAUUGGCUUGUCCUCAAUAGGCCUCUGAGAUCAAAGGGACAGGCCUCCCCUGGUUGUCGGCACCCCAGUGGCAGUACAGGUGUCACCUGGCCCCUACGGAGGGACCAGCAUGGCCCUGAACAGUGUCAUUACAGCCUCUGUACACAUACACACACAGUACACAGGGGCCCUGUCCUAGAACACACUGUCUGUCCGUAUGUGACCCCACUCUUAUCAUUGCUGUCGCAAAUACACACACAAACACACAACCUGGGACGGAACAAAAUGACAGUACAUUACAGUACAUCACAUGUGUGGAAUCUGUGCUCCUGCGUUUCUAUGUUGGUGUGGCUUCCCUUGAAUACAAGUGCCUACGUGUAGGAGUUCAGGAGACAAGCAGCUACAAGCCUAACCUUGUGUUGUGUGUAUUUCCAGCGUGCUGUCGGGAAAACAGCCCCACUGUGCUAAUCUCUGGUCCGUGUUCCUUUUGAAAUUGAACAGAGCUCAUCAAGGAAGGCACACUGGAGCUGCUGCAAAGCUUCUAUUUCAUCAGAUGUAGGGCACAGAUUGUCAUCUAGCUCACCCUGCAGCCACUGUACAAAUACGCUGAGACUUCAGGCACACAGUUAUUCUGUAGUAGUCAGCCACACCCUACAGACUGGGGGACAGCUAAACUCAUAGUACUAACCACUAGUCGACACACCUCUCUGCUCUGCCCCCAUUGGCGUAGGAGAAUAACCGUAUCAAAGCUAGUCUUGAUUUUUUUAUUGUGUCAGAAAUUGUUAGAGCAAGCCGUGGGCUUUGACCAGAAACAAGACUGUACCAAAUGGCACCCUAUUCACUAUGGGCCAUGUUCAAAAGUAGUACGCUCUAUAGGGAGAAUAGGGUGGCAUUUGGGAUGCAGGCCAGAUCAACAUAUGGCCCCCAGCCUCUUAGCAACCACUAUCCAGCCCCUCCCCCGCUUAAUCUGAUUAUUGAUAAUGCUUGGUCUAGUAUUGCAAUGGAUCUGCAUGCUCAUACCAGCUCCAUAGCAUGCAAACACAUGCCACUCUAAAUCUCUCACUCUCAGAGCCAACUAAUGCCUGAUCUACGCACAUUAAUCCACCCAAUCAGAGCCUGUUAAUAUCGACCACACCCACCACCCCCUUACUCUGGCCAGUCAGAAGGGACUAAACAUCUGAGCCAUGCCAGCUCAAACCCAGGGUACUGUAAUGGCCUACCUGGCUUCAGCACCUCAUUUCUGCAGACAGUAACUGAAUAACAAGCUCAGUGGAGAUUUCAUUAUGGGGCGGAAUGGAGCCCUUUAGUCGGAUCACUGCUUCCCAAGCUAUGAGAGACACACUCUACCCUCCCCAAUCGCUCUCUCACACACAAACAAGUGCACAUACACGCUCUUUCUCUCUCUUUCUUUCUCACACACACACUCCCUAACUUUAUAAAUCUAGGCCACAGUCAAAUGACUUUCGAGGAUUGAUCCAAAGGCAGAUGAUUGGCUCCUGUGUCACAGCGUAUCACAGCGUAUUGCCUCUCCAACUCGGGCGUUAGUAUACAUUGGGCUAGUGUUCCCGUGCCUGGCUAACGUAUACACUACUAGUCAAAAGUUUGGACACACCUACUCAUUCAAGGGUUUUUCUUUAUUUUUUACUAUUUUUUACAUUGUAGAAUAAUAGUGAAGACAUCAAAACUAUGAAAUAACACAUGUGGAAUCAUGUAGUAACCAAAAAAGUGUUAAACAAAUAGAAAUAGCCACCCGUUGCCUUGAUGACAGCUUUGCACACUCUUGGCAUUCUCUCAAUCAGCUUCAUGAGGUAGUCACCUGGAAUGCAUUUCAAUUAACAGGUGUGCCUUGUUAAAAGUUAAUUUGUGGAAUUUCUUUCCUUAAUGUGUUUGAGCCAAUCAGUUGUGUUGUGACAAGGUAGGGGGGGUAUACAGAAGAUAGCCCUAUUUGGUAAAAGACCAAGUCCAUAUUAUGGCAAGAACAGCUAAAAUAAGCAAAGAGAAAUGACAGUCCAUCAUUACUUUAAGACAUGAAGGUCAGUCAAUCUGUAACAUUUCAAGAACUUUGAAAGUUUCUUCAAGUGCAGUCGCAAAAACCAUCAAGUGCUAUGAUGAAACUGGCUCUCAUGAGGACCGCCACAGGAAAGGAAGACCCAGAGUUACCUCUGCUGCAGAGGAUAAGUUCAUUAGAGUUACCAGCUUCAGGAAUUGCAGCCCAAAUAAAUGCUUCACAGAGUUUGAGUAACAGACACAUCUCAACAUCAACUGUUCAGAGGAGACUGCGUGAAUCAGGCCUUCAUGGUCAAAUUGCUGCAUAGAAACCACUACUGAAGGACACCAAUAAUAAGAAGAGACCUGCUUGGGCCAAGAAAUACGAGCAAUGGACAUUAGACUGUUGGAAAUCUGUCCUUUGGUCUGGAGUCCAAAUUGGAGAUUUUUCGUUCCAACCGCCGUGUCUUUGUGAGACACGGUGUGGGUGAACGGAUGAUCUCCGCAUGUGUAGUUCCCACCGUAAAGUAUGGAGGAGGAGGUGUUAUGGUGUGGGGGUGCUUUGCUGGUGACACGGUCUGUGAUUUAUUUAGAAUUCAAGGCACACUUAACCAGCAUGGCUACCAUAGCAUUCUGCAGCGAUACGCCAUCCCAUCUGGUUUGGGCUUAGUAGGACUAUCAUUUGUUUUUCAACAGGACAAUGACUCAACACACCUCCAGGCUGUGUAAGGGCUAUUUUACCAAGAAGGAGAGUGAUGGAGUGCUGCAUCAGAUGACCUGGCCUCCACAAUCCCCCGACCUCAAACGAAUUGAGAGUCGGAUGGCAGAGUAAAGGAAAAGCAGCCAACAAGUGCUCAGCAUAUGUGGGAACUCCUUCAAGACUGUUGGAAAAGCAUUCCAGGUGAAGCUGGUUGAGAGAAUGCCAAGUGUGUGCAAAGCUGUCAUCAAGGCAAAGGGUGGCUAUUUGAAGAAUCUCAAAUAUAAAAUAUAUUUUGAUUUGUUUAACACUUUUUUUGUUACUACAUGAUUCCAUAUGUGUUAUUUCAUAGUUUUGAUGUCUUCACUAUUUUUCUACAAUGUAGAAAAUAGUAAAAAUGAAGAAAAACCCUUGAAUGAGUAGGUGUCCAAACUUUUGACUGGUACUGUACAUCACAGGAUGUUAGUGGCAUUUUAAUUGGGGAGGACGCCCUCAUGGUAAUGGCUGGAGUGGAAUGGUAUCAAAUACAUCAAAACACAUGGUUUCCAUGUGUUUGAUGCUAUUCCAUUUGCUCUGUUACAGCCAUAAUUAUGAGCCGUCCUCCCCUCAGCAGCCUCCACUGAUAUACAUACAGUAUAUAGGACUGAGCCCAGAUCACACUGAGAGAUCAAGCCUCCGCGCACAAUUCACAUAGGCAGUUCCAUCUGACUGUCAAAUAUGACACAUGGGUAUCGUUGGGUCUUUAUAGAGACAACUGUCAGUCACACCUCACGCAGAUUUAUCCCAAGUUUAAAAAGACUGCAGCACAGGGCCAGUUUAAAGGCUGGCUGUUAGCCGUUUCUCCAAAUAGAGCUUUAGGGGUGAUGAGGAGGAACUGGGGGGUUGAUGGCUAGAGAGACAGACCUGGGUCAUUUCAGUCUGCCUGAGUACUUUAUCCAGCCGCGUGCGCGUGUGUGUGCACGUACGUGCGUUAUCACUUCAUUACGAGGCUCUCAUCCUGAGGGAGUCUCUAAGGGAGUUCACCAUCAGAGAAAGCCAAGGCAAAAAGGCUAAAGGCUAAGCUAGUAGAGAACGGUGCUCAAUCACUACAGAGGGAUUCCAUUUGAAAUGAAUCCCAGGGCCUGAGAAUACACGUUAUAGCUGAGGUGAUGUUACAGCUUCGGUAUGCAGCCCCACACGGCACUGGCAGGAGCAGAUAAGAGGCUUCAUCGGGUGAAUGUUAACCGUGUAGAGACACUUUCAUGGGUUGCUUGGGCUAAGCUGAGAAUUUGUCUUUCUAUUCUUAUUGAAAUUAAGAUGUGAAAUCGGACAAUUUUGGUCCCCCAUUAUCGUAACUGGCAUGACGUUAUUAUUAACGUUAUUUCAUAAAAGUGUGAAUGGACCUUUAUUAAACAGGGUAACUCAACAGAUAGGGAUGGAACAGACACUCUUUGGACCACAUCCCUGGCUGUGUUAUGACUUGCUGGCAUCCUCUUAAUGAUGUGCCCUUGGGCUUUUGUAAUGGGUGUGAUCAUCUCCAUUGGUUUAAUUGGAGAGAAGAGAAAACCAAACAGUGGCUACACACUGUGGUGGAUAGAGGAGAGCUCAAGGAAACUAUGAGGAUUACACACACACACACACACACACACACACACACCAGGCAUCACUCCCAUCCCAUGCUUUCCUACCCUCACACACAUCCAAAGAGAUCAGCCAGUCAGCGGGGUGUAGCUAGAUCUCCUCUGCUGUGCCUGCAGUCUUAGAGGUAGUAACUAUGGAUGCAUCCCAAAUGGCACCCUAUUCCCUGUAUAGUGCACUGCUUUUGACCAGGGCCCAUAGGGUUCCCAUAGGGAUCUGGUCAGCAGUAGUGCACUACAUAGGGAAUACAGUGCCAUUGGGCUCUGGUUAAAAUUGUGCGCUACAUUCAAUUUGGGACACAUUCUAUGUGUCUCUCUCUCUCUCUGUGGUUAGACAGGAGCUGAGCUGCAGCCCUGUCCAAGGAUAGUGCCGCCCUGUAGAAAUCAGCCUAUAUUUUCUGCUUCCAGUAACAGCCAUCUAAUUAAAAGAACGUGCUCCACGCUGGUUAUUCUGGAGCAGAUGCAGCAUCAAAGGGCCCCUCAUCACACACUAUACUAGGAAUAUUACUGGUGCAUUUGAAACUAAUAAAAUGAUUACAGGAUAUCGGGAGACGUUACAUUAUUCAGAUGAUACGUUGAGCCAGUACCUUAUGGUGUUUUGUGUUCAUCUCAAGUCAAAAGUCUUCCUCACUUGCCUUGAGGAUAUCUAAAGCUUUUAAGAUCCUAUUUAAUGCAGAUGCCCGAUGUGUCUCUGCUCUGCUGAAGUAUGGUUUUCAUUUGUUAUGAGGGCUAUUCUUUUUCCUCUGAUCCUCUCUUCUCUCUGUAUGGUACUGAGCUAUGAAAAGCCCUGGAUUUCGGCAACUCUAGAAGGCUAGCCUAACUGCACAUGACAGCUGACAACCAGGGGUUUGUGGGCCCGUCUCUCUCUCUAACAUGUCCCUCCCGCUUCUCUGCAGGGGUGCUGUGGAACCUGUCCUCCUGUGAUUCUGUCAAGAUGACAAUCAUUCGGGAUGCCUUAACUACUCUGACAAACACUGUGAUCAUACCCCAUUCUGGAUGGAGCAGCUCGACGUUUGACGAUGACCACAAGCUCAAAUUCCACUCGUCUCUGGUCUUGAGGAACACAAGUGGCUGUCUCAGGUAAUGGACAUUUUGAGUGUGAUGCUACCACCCCCUUCUGGAUGUUUCAAGCUACUGCAGCCUGGUUCAUUUGAACAUAGCCUUCGAGCUAGUCCGUAAAUAAUAUUACAAACACAUGAUUAGUGAAUGAGACAAACCUGACUGUGGGAGCUUACAAAUAAUGCAUUGUAAACAGGUCAUCUAUGACUAUUUAGUAUGUUAAAGAAAAUAUACAAACAAAAUACACAGAAUUAUAAGUCUGUAUGUACUUACAGAUUCAAUAAAGUGGCCCUUGAAACCCACUAUUCUACCCACCCAUAAUACAAGGAGUAGAUGGGUGUUAUGUUAUAGUUGCCCAGUCAGUAUAAUCACUGUGCGACCCAGCCGUAGAAAAGGGUAUUCUCGCUCUCCAGCCACCCUGCCAGGGCCCUCGUUUGAAGGCAAUGGGUGCAUCCCAAAUGGCUCCCUUAUGGGCUCUGGUCAAAAGUAGUGUACUAAAUAGGGAGUAGGUUGCUAUUUGGGAAGCUGCCAGAAGUUUGGUCUCUAAUUGGUGACAGUGUCUGUGAGCGCGCUCAGUUAGGCUCUCGUUUCCCCCACAAAAGUACUCAUAAUGGCAUCGCUCAGGCCAACCAGAGAGCCUCGUCCAUUAUGGAUGGUACGGAGCAAGUAAACCCCACAACACAAACCAGCGUCGCGCUAAGGGAACAAACACAGACACAGUUUGGUUGCAUCCCAAAUGGUACCCUAUUCCCUUUAUAGUGCACUAUGUUUGACCAAAGGCCUUUGGGGCCUUGUUAAAAGCAGUGUACUAAAUGGGGAAUAGGGGUGCCGUUUGGGACGAAGCUUUCUUAUUUUAUGUGGCUGUUUGUGUUCGUUGCUGGGCCUGUCUUUGUGUGUGAUUUAUUUGAGUGUUUGUGUGUGCUGUAGGGGCAUAUGUCUGUUUACAGAAGUCCUGAACAGUGUGUGUUGUUUUUAAGGAACCUGAGCUCAGCGGGUGAGGAGGCUAGAAAACAGAUGCGUUCUUGUGAGGGACUGGUGGACUCUUUACUCUAUGUCAUCAAGGCCUGUGUCAACACCUCUGACUUUGACAGCAAGGUCUGUGCAUACACACACACACACACACACACAUGGCAAGAGAUGUAUACAGACACACACAUACACACAUACUCUCUCUCUAACUCUGUCCCUCUCUCUUUCUUACUCACACAGACGCAUAAGCGCGCGCGCACACACACACACACACACACACACACAGUCACACAAUGGCAGGCAGCUGUAGGGGAUAAGGAGAACACCUACCCUACCGGUUUUAAAUUAUUUCUCACUCACAUCUACUUGCACAGCUCCAUAACUUGAUUGGGAAUGCCUUUUAUCAACCCAUUGUUAAUAGCAUGCAAUUAAAGUUCAUAGACUUUAGCCAGCUGUUCUGGUUAAUUAUUUCCGCUAUAAAUUUGGCCUUUUUGAUUUUGUGUCCCAAAUGGCACCCUAUUCCCUAUGGGUCCUGGUCAAAAGUAGUGCACUAUAAUAAAGGCAAUAGGGUGCCAUUUGGUAUGCAUCCUGUGUAUUUAUUACCAUGGUGAUCUACUGAACAAAUACCACUAUAUGGGCUUCAGACAGUAAGGAAUUAAACCCAUUUGUCAGACCCCAGAUCUCCCUUUCUAAGUGGAGAAACGUUAAUCUGUUAUUAUUAUUUGUUUUUGUCAUUUUAGCAGACGCUCUUAUCCAGAGUGAGUGCAUACAUUUUUCAUACUGUUAUUACAGUGUGGGUCUCAUACCUCAUUAAUUUACACUGCUACAGAUAACACCAGGCCUGCAUGUCUCCACUCUCUCUCCCUCUCUCUCACACACACACACACACACACACACACACACACUUGCCUAGCUUAUUGAGCACUAUUUCAUUGGAACAAACCUCUUCUCUGUCUCUCUUUCUUUCUCUAUCUCUAUUCUCUCUCUCUCUCAAUCUGUUUAUCUCUGUUACUGCACACAUUUCAAAAGCAAUCGUAUAGAAACAUAUUAAAUCAAUAAAAUCAAUAAAAUAACAUUCAAUGAUUAACAGGACCCCCCGCGUCUCCUCCCUCUAGAUUGUAGAGAACUGUAUUUGCACUCUGAGGAACCUGUCGUAUCGCCUGGAGCUGGAGAUGCCCCCAUCGAAGCUGCAGGGAGCCCAGGAGCUGGAUGGUCUGCUGGGCAGUGAGUCUCCCAGUAAGGACGUGGAAUCCAGCUGCUGGGGCAGGAAGAAGAAGAAGAAGAAAAAGGGCUCCCAGGAAGACCAGGUAAACGGCACCCUAUUCACUAUGUAGUGCACCUUCUUUUGACCAGGUCCCAUAGGGCGCCCAUAGGGCUCUGGUCAAAAGUAGUGCACUAUAUAGGGAAUAGGGUGCAAUUCCGUACGCAACUUCCGUCUGAGUGGUGGAAAUAUCACUUCCUAGGCCUCCAAAGUGAAUGUUCACUCCAGGUGAGCUAAGGGAUAACAACUCAUCACUGAGUGGUGGAAAUGACACGUGUCACUUCCUUCCAGCCUUGAAUGUGAAUGUUCACUCCAAAUGUUUGUCAAACAUUUAGUUUUUUUUAUCAACAGUAGUCUAGUAGCAAGAUGAGUCUACGUUCCACGGCAUCUGUUGUCUAACAUGACGGAAUCAGACGGUGUCUGCCUGUCUUUCCAAAUCAUUUGGGAUUGAGGCGUUGUAUCGCUGGUUCUACACAUAAGAUGUCAUGGGACGUGGACUCAUUAGACCACUCCUGAGAAACUGAAUCAUCUGACCGACUUUGAUUUUGGAGUGAACUAUUAGCACUGGUCUAGGAUCAGGUCUCUCCUAUGAUCUAAAAAAGGCUAAACUGAUCCUAGAUCAGCACUCCUACUCUGAGAUGCUUGAUACAAACAGCCCCUGAGCUAAAGUGAAUCUCAACACUGUACUCGUUCAUCAUAUAUAGUCAACAUUGUAUUAGAACCUCUAGUCAUGAUCAUGUGUUUGUAAUGUGUUCUAAGUGGGACGGAGUGGGCCCCAUCCCCGGCUUCUCCAAGUCCCCCAAGGGGGCAGAGAUGUUGUGGCACCCAGCUGUGGUGAAGCCCUACCUGACCAUGCUGGCCGAAAGCUCCAACCCUGCCACUCUGGAGGGCUCAGCGGGCUCCUUACAGAACCUGUCUGCUGGGAACUGGAAGGUAUAUAGUACACAUAUUGCAUCCCAAAUGGCACCCUAUUCCCUAUAUAGUGCACUACUUCUGACCUGGCCAGUCAAAAGUAGUGCACUAUAUAGGGAAUAGGGUGCCAUUUGGGACAUAGACACACAGCACCCAGGAGAGGAUAUGACAAGAACACUACUCUAUUGAGUUUUCUUUUCCCCUGUGUAACAGGAAUAGUUUCUUAGAUGUGUAAAGGCAAUCCUAUUUAAAGUAGAACUCUCCUCCAUAAGCAUGCCAGUGAAACUAAUGUCAAUUGUCGCUUAUAAGUGAAUAAGUGAAGUCAAUGUACGUUUUUAAGUCUUCUAUUUACUGUAUGCUAAUUGCUGCAAAACAAAUGUCCUUCUUGGAAACUUGAAACUUGAAGUGUACACUUUUGGGUCGAGUUGCAUUGAAGAGAGUUUAAACGUCAUCUCUGUGUCUUCUCUGUUUGUACUAGUUUGCGGCGUACAUCCGUGCAGCGGUGCGUAAAGAAAAGGGUCUGCCCAUCCUGGUGGAGCUGCUGAGGAUGGACAACGACAGGGUGGUCUGCUCUGUGGCCACGGCCCUGAGGAACAUGGCCCUGGACGUCAGGAACAAAGAGCUCAUAGGUGAGGAUCCAACACAGGCUCUGUGAAGGGACGACCCAGGCCACGUUCCAGGCUGACUACAUUGCAGACGCCUGCCAGAUCUCACAACACAUGGAUAGGUGUUUAAUGUAGUCGGUAUGGCUACAUGUGCUAUACAGCAUUACAGAAUUAAAAAGGGAAGAGAUGAUGGGAAAUUAGAGGUUCAAAAUUAAGUAGAACCAGAAGAGCUGCGAGCGCUUGCUUACUAAUCUAACUGCCCAGAUCGCCACACUUAAAUUGCAUUCCCAAUCCUUCUUGUUUUUUGUGAAAUCACCCCUUUUCAGGGAACAGGUUUUUAUGGGCUAGCUGUAUGGACAUAAUGAGGAGUUAGCGUUCCAGCAAGGCUGAGGCAGCAGAGCCUGUAGCCUGGGGAGGGGGAGGUACUGGGGGGAGGUACUGGGGGGAGAGGGGGGAGGUACUGGGGGGAGAGGGGGGAGGUACUGGGGGGAGAGGGGCUGUGUGGAAAGGUACUCUGGAGGGACUUCUCUUCUGAGGGAGACUCAGGGGGAUCCCAGGAUCUGUAGGUCUAGACCCUUGGGGGCACUAGCACUAUGGAAAGGCAUAUGGUAGGCUGUGGAAGUACAACUCCAGCUGAACUAAUAUAGCAUCCACAAUGUAAAAAGUAGAGCCCUAGAGAAAGGAAUAUGCCGUACAAAUACAUUACGUAAGACACAUGCAAUGAUUGUCUCUGUUUCCGUUUGUCUGUUUCUCUCUGUGGCGUUCUAGUUUUAGUUGAAGGUGUAGCUAGUUCAUUUAUUUGCAGCAACAAAUAUCAAAUAGAACAUAAUGUAUGUAAAGGUGAGGAUGACAACUAGAAUGGGCUUAUAAAGAAACCUUGCCAUAAUCUAGAUGGUCAAUUCAUAGCAGAAGUUAUAAGUACAUAAGCAGUACUUUAUCCCUCCCUCCUUCCUUUGCUCCCUUCUUUCUGCCUUCUCUACCUCCUUCCGUCUCAUCCUUUCCUCCCUCCUUCCCUCCUUCCUCCCCCCCAGGGAAGUAUGCGAUGAGGGACCUGGUGAACCGUCUCCCUGGGGGGGACACCACCCUGCUCUCUGACGAGACGGUGGCGGCCAUCUGCUGCACCCUGCAUGAGGUCACCAGCAAGAACAUGGAGAACGCCAAGGCACUGGCUGACACAGGCGGCAUCGAGAAGCUGUUCAACAUCACUAAGGCAGGGGAGAGAGGUGAGGGAAAGGCUGCCUUCAGCUGCUGCUAAGACAGAGGCUGCAUUGCAUCCUAAAUGGCACCGGAUUCCCUUUAUAGUGCACUACUUUUGAUCAGGGCCAUAUGGGAAGGGGAAAAAAACAUAGAAGGAACAGAGGGUCUGGUCAAAAGUAGUGCAUUAUACUGUAUACGGAAUAGGGUGCCAUUUGGGAUGCACAUUGAGAGUCUGAGAAGAGACAAUGUGUGCUUCCACUAGGGUUCAUAUGAGCUGAGGUUAAACCUCAGAAUGGUCUAAGCAUCUCAAGGACAGUUGAGAGUAGACACAUUUUUCUACCACAGAAACAUGCAAUAUGCCAUGUAUUUGCCAUAGAUUCCUAAGAGGCCUCUGUCAUAAAUUCUUAGUGGUAAUGUGUAGUGACGUGUGUUUCUCUGUCCCUACAAGGUACUCUACAAAGGUGGUGAAAGCUGCCGCUCAAGUCCUCAACACACUCUGGCAGUACAGAGACCUGAGAACUAUCUAUAAGAAGGUAAGAAAAUGACCACUGUUGGGAUGAGGAGGCCAACUACAGUAGAGCUACGUCUCAAUUAUCUCUCCUUCCCGCCAAAGUUAAAUAGCCAUCACUAGCCGGCCUCCAACCAGUACCCUGCCCUGAACUUAGUCACUGUCACUAGCCAGCUACCACUCGGUUACUGAACCCUGCACCUUAGAGGAUGCUGCCCUAUGUACAUAGACAUGGAACACUGGUCACUUUAAUAAUGGAACCAGGACCAGCUGCCAUCAUGUCAGUGAUUCUCUUGUUAACACAGGUGAGAGUGUUGACGAGGACAAGGCUGGAGAUCACUCUGUCAUGCUGAGUUAGAAUAACAGACUGGAAGCUUUAAAAGGAGGGUGGUGCUUGAAAUCAUUGUUCUUCCUCUGUUAAUGGUUACCUGCAAGAAAACAUGUGCCGUCAUCAUUACACAAAAAGGGCUUCACAGGCAAGGAUAUUGCUGCUAGUAAGAUUGCACCUAAAUCAACCAUUUAUUGGAUCAUCAAGAACUUCAAGGAGAGAGGUUUAAUUGUUGUGAAGAAGGCGUCAGGGCGCCCAAGAAAGUCCAGCAAGCGCCAGGACCGUCUUCUAAAGUUGAUUCAGCUGCGGGAUCGGGGCACCACCAGUGCAGAGCUUUCUCAGGAAUGGCAGCAGGCAGGUGUGAGUGCAUCUGCACGCACAGUGAGGCGAAGACUUUUGGAGGAUGGCCUGGUGUCAAGAAGGGGAACAAAGAAGCCACUUCUCUCCAGGAAAAACAUCAGGGACAGACUGAUAUUCUGCAAAAGGUACAGGGAUUGGACUGCUGAGGACUGGGGUAAAGUCAUUUUCUCGGAUGAAUCCCCUUUCCGAUUGUUUGGGGCAUCCGGAAAACACCUUGUCCGGAGAAGACAAGGUGAGCGCUACCAUCAGUCCUGUGUCAUGCCAACAGUAAAGCAUCCUGAGACCAUUCAUGUGUUGGGGUUGCUUCUCAGCCAAGGGAGUGGGCUCACUCACAUUUUGGCCUAAGAUCACAGCCAUGAAUAAAGAAUGGUACCAACAUAUCCUCCAAGAGCAACUUCUCCCAACCAUCCAAGAACAGUUUGGUGACGACCAAUGCCUUUUCCAGCAUGAUGGAGCACCUUGCCAUAAGGCAAAAAUGAUAACUAAGUGGCUCAGGGAACAAAACAUUGAAAUGUUGGGUCCAUGGCCAGGAAACUCCCCAGACCUUAAUCCCAUUGAGAACUUGUGGUCGAUCCUCAAGAGGCGGGUGGACAAACAAAAACCCCACAAAUUCUGACAAACUCCAAGCAUUGAUUAUGCAAGAAUGGGCUGCCAUCAGUCAGGCUGUGGCCCAGAAGUUAAUUGACAGCAUGCUAGGGCGGAUUGCAGAGGUAUUGAAAAAGAAGGGUCAACACUGCAAAAAUAUUGACAUAAACUUAAUGUAAUUGUCAAUAAAAGCCUUUGACACUUAUGGAAUGCUUGUAAUUAUACUUCAGUAUACCAUAGUAACAUCUGACAAAAAAAUCUCAUAACACUGAAGCAGCGAACUUUGUGAAGACCAAUACUUGUGUCAUUCUCAAAACUUUUGACCACGACUGUACAUCCCAUCACAUACAGUGUGUGUGUGUAUAUUUAUAUACACUGCUCAAAAAAAUAAAGGGAACACUAAAAUAACACAUCCUAGAUCUGAAUGAAUGAAAUAAUCUUAUUAAAUACUUUUUUCUUUACAUAGUUGAAUGUGCUGACAACAAAAUCACACAAAAAUUAUCAAUGGAAAUCAAAUUUAUCAACCCAUGGAGGUCUGGAUUUGGAGUCACCCUCAAAAUUAAAGUGGAAAACCACACUACAGGCUGAUCCAACUUUGAUGUAAUGUCCUUAGAACAAGUCAAAAUGAGGCUCAGUAGUGUGUGUGGCCUCCACGUGCCUGGAUGACCUCCCUACAACGCCUGGGCAUGCUCCUGAUGAGGUGGCGGAUGGUCUCAUGAGGGAUCUCCUCCCAGACCUGGACUAAAGCAUCCACCAACUCCUGGACAGUCUGUGGUGCAACGUGACGUUGGUGGAUGGAGCGAGACAUGAUGUCCCAGAUGUGCUCAAUUGGAUUCAGGUCUGGGGAACGGGCGGGCCAGUCCAUAGCAUCAAUGCCUUCCUCUUGCAGGAACCGCUGACACACUCCAGCCACAUGAGGUCUAGCAUUGUCUUGCAUUAGGAGGAACCCAGGGCCAACCGCACCAGCAUAUGGUCUCACAAGGGGUCUGAGGAUCUCAUCUCGGUACCUAAUGGCAGUCAGGCUACCUCUGGUGAGCACAUGGAGGGCUGUGCGGCCCCCCAAAGAAAUGCCACCCCCCACCAUGACUGACCCUCCGCCAAACCGGUCAUGCUGGAGGAUGUUGCAGGCAGCAGAACGUUCUCCACGGCGUCUCCAGACUCUGUCACGUCUGUCACGUGCUCGGUGUGAACCUGCUUUCAUCUGUGAAGAGCACAGGGCGCCAGUGGCGAAUUUGCCAAUCUUGGUGUUCUCUGGCAAAUGCCAAACGUCCUGCACGGUGUUGGGCUGUAAGCACAACCCCCACCUGUGGACGUCGGGCCCUCAUACCACCCUCAUGGAGUCUGUUUCUGACCGUUUGAGCAGACACAUGCACAUUUGUGGCCUGCUGGAGGUCAUUUUGCAGGGCUCUGGCAGUGCUCCACCUGCUCCUCCUUGCACAAAGGUGGAGGUAGCAGUCCUGCUGCUGGGUUGUUGCCCUCCUACGGCCUCCUCCACGUCUCCUGAUGUACUGGCCUGUCUCCUGGUAGCGCCUCCAUGCUCUGGACACUACGCUGACAGACACAGCAAACCUUCUUGCCACAGCUCGCAUUGAUGUGCCAUCCUGGAUGAGCUGCACUACCUGAGCCACUUGUGUGGGUUGUAGAUUCUCUCUCAUGCUACCACUAGAGUGAAAGCACCGCCAGCAUUCAAAAGUGACCAAAACAUCAGCCAGGAAGCAUAGGAACUGAGAAGUGGUCUGUGGUCACCACCUGCAAAACCAGUCCUUUAUUGGGGGUGUCUUGCUAAUUGCCUAUAAUUUCCACCUGUUGUCUAUUCCAUUUGCACAACAGCAUGUGAAAUGUAUUGUCAAUCAGUGUUGCUUCCUAAGUGGACAGUUUGAUUUCACAGAAGUGUGAUUGACUUGGAGUUACAUUGUGUUGUUUAAGUGUUCCCUUUAUUUUUUUGAGCAGUGUGUGUGUGUAUAUAUAUAUAAAUAAAUAUAUAUAUAAUUAUAAUCCGGACUCCGACAUUGCUUGUCUUAAUAUUUCUGUAUUUCUUCAAUUCCAUUCUUUUACUUUUAGAUUUGUGUGUAUUGUUGUCUUGUUAGAUAUUACUGCACUGUUGGAGCUAGGAACACAAGCAUUUCGCUACACCUGCAAUAACAUCUGCUAAAUAUGUGUAUGCAACCAAUAAAAUGUGAUUUCAUUUGUUCACUGCCCUUCAUUGAAAGGAAAUGAUUGGUAUAAGAAAUAUGGUGGAAACUUCCACUAGCCCAAUGCUUUUAGAUUUGUGGGAUGUAGUGAAGGAGUGUACACUUCAGGAGAAAGGAAGUAUUAUUGGGACACAUCCCAGGUCUCUGUGGCUCAUACUAACACUGUUUCCUUUCUCGGCUGGUCUUCAGGACGGAUGGAACCAAAACCACUUCAUCACGCCCGUGUCUACUUUAGAGCGCGACAGAUUCAAGUCUCAGCCCACCCUCCCUACCAGCACCAUACAGAUGUCACCGGUCAACCAGUCAGGUCAGCCUAGCUACAUAGACAAAAAUUAACCUAGGAUACGUCCCAAAUGGCACCCUAUUCCGUAGGGGGCCUAGUGCACUACUUUUGACCAGGGCCCAUAGGGCUCUGUUCGAAAGUAGUGCACUAGAUAGGAAAUAAGGAGCCAUUUGGGACGGAGCCCUAGAUAAGGACACAAAUACGUUUCAAUUCAACGUUUGGUUGUUUUGACCUCCAUGUUGUGUUCUCCACAGCUGGCAGUACAACCUCCUCUCCUGCAAUGCUGGGAAUCAAAGAACACCGUUCUGAUUAUCAGAGGGCACAGUCAACUAUGCAAUUUUAUAAAAACCAAGGGGACAACAAUGUACAUAAAUACCGAUAUACAGGUAAACAAUGAGCAUAGAGAAUUAUCAUACAAAAAUCAUAUUAACUGUACAUAAAAACACAGCAUAUCAGUUGAGACGUUGGAAUUUGAUUGAAAACAUAUCAGCCAUGUGCACCAGACCGUGAUCAAAGUAGCCCCUAGGCCCUUUCUCCCUCUAUGUAGCGCGUAAUCCAUUUGAUCCAUCUCACCACUCCCAGGAAUCACAUUCCAUGCCCCCUCUCCCCUAGCACUCCCCUAGAUCUCUCCUAGCUCUCCGCUAGCUAUCCCCUACAUCCACCCCUACCUCCGUUUCUUAUCAUCCUUAUUGGGAGCUGGAGGCUCUUAGACAGUUGGCAGUUCAAAAGAGCACUUGAGCCUCUGUUGCGUUUAAGUGGGUCUGCUGAGCAAUAUAGUGGCUGGUCCGCCCGCAUUGUGAGCAACUCGGCUCAGCAGCCACUACAAAGCGGCAAUUGUUAGUUGCCCUGAGGAAGAGUAGGGCUACUUCCCAAAUGGCACCCUAUUCCCUAUAUAGUACACUACUUUUGACCAGAGCCCUGGUCAAAAGUAGUGCACAAUAUAGGAAAUAUAGUGCCAUUUGGGACGUAGACUGUGUAUGCAGGGCACCCACACAAGCCGCUGCCAGAUGGAGAGCCCUCAAAGGGGCGCUGAGUGGGCAGAGUAAACAGAGUCGGGGUAGCUUAGUGGUUAAGAGCGUUGUGCCAGUAACCGAAAGGUUGCUGGUUCUAAUCCCCGAGCCGACUAGGUGAAAGAUCUGUCGAUGUGCCCUUGAGCAAGGCACUUAACCCUAAUUGCUCAUGUAAGUCGCUCUGGAUAAGAGCGUCUGCUAAAUGACUAAAAAAAAAAAAAAAAAAAAGCUUCAGCCUCCCUGCCUAACCCUCUGCCUGGCUACCCAGCAACACUCCCUGGGAUAAUAUUGUAUGGUAACAACGUUUAUGUUUAUGGCAAAGUUUAAGUUAUACCAUUAUCUUGUUAAUUUCUCUUCCAGGGUCUGGAAAGCAGUCACCGUAUUAUAUCGGGUCCUACUCCUCGCCAACAAGAGAGGACCCUAGAAGAGCACAGGUAAAUACAAUACAGACUCUAAAUCAGUCCCUUCUGGUUGGCCAUCCUUCUCCAUCUUUCCCUGCACUACCAACUUGGCCGGUGCAGGCGGCUGGUUCGCUUCGCUACACUAAUGCAAGGAGACUGACACAUAUUACAGUGUGGGUGAAUGAGAGAGUUGGGAGACAUCCAACACAUCAGUCAUUGUGUGUGCUAGAGUGAAUGUGACCGCUGUGAUAGGGAUGGUCCGGGUGGCAGUGGGUACGUCUCAGGCACCUGUCACAGUGUGGACAUGUCCCUGUGUGCUCACUCGGAUAACACCCGGGGGAGGGAGCUCUGUGCCCUCCUCUCCUCCCUUCACCUAUCUCUGACUAGACAGGAAAUAGACAGUCAGGAUAUUACACCCAGAGGAGGCUAGUGAAGGGAGGAUGUCUCAUAAUAAUGGCUGUGAUGGAGUUAAUGGAAUGGUUUCAAACACAUGGAAACCAUGUUUGAUACCAUUCCAUUCCGUUCCAGCCAUUACUAGGAGCCCGUCCUCCGAUUUUAAAGAGCCACCAGCCACCACCGAUUACAACCAACUUUGUUCAGCCACACAGACAUACAGCUGAGUUUUGAUACACAAAGUUGUAAUAAGUUUGAAUCAACCAACUAUUUCUCAUCCUUUUCUCCCGUCAUACAGUUGAAAGUAGAUAUUUUCCUGUAUUUUACAUAGACAGAUCUGAUUGUGUUGCUUCUCUUGCCUCCACAGCAGCAGGUGUACUACACUGAGGAACCGAGCAGGCGGAACUACGACGCCUACAGAAUGUACCUGCAGUCUCCACACGGCUACGAGGACCCCUACAUGGAGGAAAUGGUCAGCUUUCCCCCCACGGCAGACUACAGCUCUCAGUCGCACGGUCACGGACUCAAAUCCACCACAAACUACGUGGACUUUUACUCCACCACGCGGAGGCCUUCCUACAGGGCGGAACAGUACCCAGGUUCGCCAGACUCCUGGGUAUAG